AUGGGUGGCAUGGCUAAUCCCCACCUUGUUCAUCAUAUCAUCCUCCGCAAGCUCAGGAUGAGUGUCAUGGCAAAUUCUCAGAGUGUUCACAGCACCAUCCUCCACAAGCUAUCUCUACUCCUCCUCAUUUGCUCGCUCCUCGGGUACAAUUGUGAAUCUAUGAGCAGGAAGGCUGAAAAGGCAGCACUUCUAAGCCUUGAGAAAUACUGGGGCAAACAGACGAAAAUCAAGUGGAGCUCCAUCAUGUACGCAGAUCAAUGUAAUUGGGAUGGAGUCAUUUGUAAUUUUGAUGGCUUUGUUACAGGAAUUUCAGUCGGAGGCUACAAGCUUGCCAAGUCAAUUCCUUCAGAAAUUUGCUCGUUCAAGAACCUUACAGACAUUGACCUUUCACACAACAACAUUCCAGGUUCUUUCCCUGUGGUUCUUUUCAGUUGCUCAAGCCUUGAACAACUGGACCUCUCUUACAAUUCUUUUGUUGGUAGUCUUCCAUUAAAUAUCCAUUUACUGUCAAAAUCGAUUACCUACCUUAACCUUGAAUCGAAUAGUUUAUCCGGUAGUAUUCCAAGUUCAAUCUACCAGCUUUCAUCCUUAGAAGUUCUGAAACUAUCUUUCAAUCCCUUUGGUUCACACAGAAUCGACCCACAGCUAGGAAAUUUGACAAACCUAGAAGAAUUGUCAAUGAGUUCUAUGAAUAUAGUUGGUGAAAUUCCAGACACUAUAACCAAGCUAACCCGACUUACAACCUUAGAUUUGUCUUCUAACACAUUGAAUGGGACAAUACCGACUGGGAUUUGGAGCAUGCAGAAUCUAGAGUUCCUUGAUCUACAGAGGAACUCUCUAUCUGGUUGCAUACUAGAUGAUCCCCAUGAGCUCAUGAAUCUGUCCCAACUUAAAACCUUAGAUUUGUCUUCUAACACACUGAAUGGGACAAUACCGACUGAGAUUUGGAGCAUGCAGAAUCUAGAGUUCCUAAAUCUACACAGGAACUCUCUAUCUGGUUGCAUACCAGAUGAUCCCCAUGAGCUCAUGAAUCUGUCCCCACUUAAAACCUUAGAUUUGUCUUCUAACACACUUAAUGGGACAAUACCUACUGUGAUUUGGAGAAUGCAGAAUCUGAAUCGCCUUGCUCUACACAAUAACUAUAUAUCCGGUCGCAUACUGGAUGAUUUCUGUAAGCUUAAGUAUCUGUCCCAACUUUUAUUGAACGACAAUCUUCUAUCCGGCCCACUACCAGAAAACGUUACACAGUUACAAUUAACCUCCAUCUUCCUCGAUUUCUCUAGUAACCAACUGACUGGCAAGAUUCCAUCUUCUUUCGAGUUGAGAAAAUUUGAAUGGAGCUUUCUUUCCAAUCCCGGCUUAUGUUCCUCCAACCACUUUGGAAACUUUCCUACGUGCACCAGAUUGCACUUGAAGAUGUUUGUAAUAAUUCUCCUGGUCUCUGGUUCAGCCAUUCUCAUAUGCACAGGGCUGAUUGGUUUAACUAAGAUCAAGGCAUUUUUCUCAAUGGAAAAGGAUGAUGCCCCAUCUCCACUGUGGAACCUGACAGCCUUCCAAGCUAUUGAUUAUGACAUUGAGGACAUCCAUUGCAACCUCAUUGAUGCAAACCUUGUUGGCAGCGGUGGCUCAGGAAAUGUGUAUAAGAUCUGCCUUGACAACACAAACCGUGAGGUUAUAGCUGUCAAGCAAAUAUGGACCAGUGGCAGACGGGAAUAUGAUAUGCUGGAAAAGCAGUUUCAAGCUGAAAUUGAGAUUCUUGGAUCCAUCCGACAUGCCAAUAUCGUGAAGUUGCUUGGCUACAUUUCAAGCUCCGAAUCAAAGCUCCUCAUAUACGAAUACAUGGAAAACGGUAGCUUGUAUGAAUGGCUGCAUCACAAAGAUGACCCUACUAGUACAACUGGACGGUUGUUGAACUGGCCGACAAGGAUGUCAAUAGCAAUCGAUGCCGCAAGAGGACUGUGUUACAUGCAUGACGGUUGCUCUCCCCCUAUAGCACACCGCGAUGUGAAAUCCAGCAACAUCCUGCUGGAUCCUCAGUUCAAAGCAAAGAUUGCGGACUUUGGCCUAGCUCGUGCACUGCUUAAAGCCGGUGAGCCAGAGUUAGUCUCGGCAGUGGUUGGGUCCUUUGGAUACAUAGCUCCAGAGUUUGGAAGCUCGAGAAAAAUGAAUGAGAAAGUUGAUGUGUACAGCUUUGGGGUGGUUCUCCUGGAGCUGACAACAGGGAGGCGUGCGAAUGGUGGCGGCGGGUACGAGAAUUUGGCGCAAUGGACGUGGAGGCAAUUUAAGGAUGAGGGCUUCCAUUUGACAAAUGUGAUCGACCCAGACAUAAGUGAUCCAGCCUACCUACGCGAGGUACAACUGGUGCUCCAGCUAGGGCUAAUUUGCACGGGCACGGAUCCAUCGUCAAGGCCGUCCAUGAAGCAGGUUCUGCAGGUCCUGCAACGCUGA